GCGCCUCUCUCUCUCUCAUGGUUUAAGGUGAUCGACCCUCAGCUUUAAAUCCUAACUCAUCUGAAUGAAGUUUUGUGCGAUUUGAGCAGUUUGUGUAGUCGUAUAUUUUUUGGAGGAACCAGGGUUGGUAUUUGAUGAAUGGUGCUUCUGCAUCUAGUAGCUUAAGGGCAGCUUUCUCAUACUGUGUGCAGCAAGUCCGUAGUUAUGAUUACCAUAACUACCUUUGCCUCCUUGAACUCCCCCCAAACAUGCGAAAGGUUGCAUUUGCAGUCCGUGCCUUAAAUGUUGAAACAGCUCGUGCUAUGGAUGUUGCUUCUGAUCCGAGGAUUGGUCUUAUGCGCCUCGUCUGGUGGCAAGAAGCCAUAGACAAAAUCUAUGCCAACAAGUUAAUUGAGCACCCAACAGCACAAGCCCUGUUGUCAGUGGUACAUGAGAACAAAAUUAGCAAGGUAUGGCUGAAACGGUCUGUAGAAGCUCGGAUCAGUGAUGCAAGAAAGGAGGUUGGUGACACCCCAGAAAAAAUUGAAGACUUGGAGAGAUAUGCGGAAGAUACUGUAUCAACUCUUCUUUACAUGACACUUCAAGCUGGUGGUAUCAGGUCCACUGCAGCCGAUCAUGCAGCAUCACAUAUAGGUAAAGCAAGUGGUCUUCUUUUGCUGAUUAAGUCAUUGCCAUAUCAUGGUAGUCGAAACCGCCAUUUUUCUUAUAUACCAACCGAAGUGGCAGCCAAGCAUGGAUUGCUGGUUAAGCAUGGAGGUCAAUCAGAGAUUCAUUUGGAUUCUCGUGAGGGCUUAUGUGAAGCGGUUUUUGAGAUGGCAUCGGUUGCUAAUGUCCAUUUGCAGAAGGCUCGUGACUUAGCUGGUACAGUACCUGUAGAGGCUCUCCCAGUGCUGCUGCCAGCCGUGCCUGCCCAGGUUCUACUGGACUCUUUGAGCCGAGUGAAUUUUGAUGUGUUUGAUCCAAGGUUAGCGCGAGGGAUUCUUGGUAUUCCUCCUUUGUGGUAUCAGUUGAAAUUGAAGUGGCAUUCAUGGAGGGCAAAAUACUGAAAUAAAUUUCCAUUUAUUGGUUGGAUGCAAAAGAAAUUGCAUUUUGCAUACAAGAGUUACACUACAGAUAUGUUCCUUUGCAGGAAGAAAAUAUCAUGCUCAUGAAUCCUUGUUAACCAACCUUUCAUGGUACUUUCAAUUUUCAUGUUUCUUUAAUAAAUGGGGCAGCACUUUGAUUAUUUUGGGGUGACUGAAGAAUCAGAAUAAUACUGAAUAUCAGGUAUUUUGUGGGUUAGAAGAAACUCACAUACGGAUGAAGAGAGGUUGUUUUUGGUUUCAACCUAACCAAUUCUUCAAGGAUUCUCCAAGGUAUGAUAACAUCUUUUUCACAAACGUAAAGAUACACAUUAUAUUUCAGCUCAGACUUUAGCUCCUGCAACUUUGAAGUCAUCACUAAUCGGUUAUCUUUAUCUAUGCAAA